AUGUCUCAACCUCGUUGUGCACCUCCUCCCCCUCCACUACACAUCCCGUCUUCUAGUGACACUGUCAAAAUUAGCAUUAUUGACACCACCUCUCGCAUCAAGGGCCCUCCUACCGGCGUGUUCUUUGAGCCUAUAAUCAAAGGGUUUGAAACCAUAGACUGCCCUGCAUUUGCCUUUUUGAUAGAACAUGAAAAAAGUAACUCCAAGCUUGUCUUUGACCUAGGAGUCUCCAAAGAUUGGCGCAAUGGUCCCCCAGUGAUCGCCAACAGAUCCCUUAAGCUCGGUUGGGAUAUAUCGGCCCCGAAGAGCGUCUCCGAAAUCUUGGUUGACCAUGGUGUCUCUCUGGAAAGCAUUAACACUGUAAUAUGGUCUCAUUGGCACUGGGAUCACACCGGUGAUCCUCAUCUCUUCCCAUCCACCACCAGCCUGACCGUCGGCCCGGGUUUCAAAUCUGAAAUGCUCCCUGGUUAUCCAACCAAUCCUAAGUCCCCUUUCCUAGAGAGCGCAUACAAAGAUAGAGAGCUGGUUGAAAUCUCGUUCAACGAUGAGCGAGUGCUCGAUAUUGGGGGAUUCCGAGCUCUCGAUUACUUUGGUGACGGAAGCUUUUAUUUACUUGACUCCCCGGGCCACGCAAUCGGCCACUUGUGUGGACUCGCAAGGACUACUCCUGAUACCUUCGUAUUCAUGGGCGCAGAUAUAUGUCACCAUGGCGGACAGAUACGACCCACUAAAUACGUCCCCCUACCGCAUUCUGUUUCCCCAAAUCCCUUUCCUGACCGAAUAGGAAACUUAGAGUGCCCAGGGGCAUUAUUGCUCGCCAUUCAUCCCAAACACACUGCUGUCGAACCGUUUUACCAAGUAGCUGAUCCACCGCAAGGGGGAGCGGCCAGCACCAAUCCUGUUGAGGCCCAGAAGAGUGUAGAGAAACUGAUAAGCAUCGAUUGUCAUGAGAACGUCUUUACAGUCAUUGCUCAUGACAAAACCAUGUUGGACGUGUUGGAUUUUUUCCCUAAGCCGUUGAACGACUGGAAGUCUAGGGGGUAUAAAGAGACGAGCAUGUGGAUGUUCUUAAAGGACUUUGGGGGCGCGUUACCAUAA